AUGGCUGAACACCCGCAGUUGGCAAAAAAUAUUAUACCAAAUUGUGGCCAAGGAAGGGCUGUUGCCAACAGACUAUGGGAACAACUGUCCACAAAGUUAAAUACGGCUGGUCCGCCAAUUAAAGAAGUAAAGUCAUGGCGCAAGGUUUUUACUGACCAGAAACACCAAGUAAAAAAGAAAUUGUCUUUUAACAUGGCAUCAAAGAAAAAAACUGGAGGAGGUCCUUAUGAGGAAAUGCCACUUACGCCAGCUGAAGAGCAAAUUCUGCAGGCCGCUGGUUUAGAGGCUUCAGUUGAGGGCCUUUCCUCAAUUAAAUCAUUUGGCUCCUCUAAAGUGAUAGAUAAUAUUAUGGGAGAAAUUGAGUCAUCAGGAUCAAGCGAAAAUAGUGGUUAUGAGAAUAUAGUUAAGGAAACGGAUAAAGAAAAUAGUAAUGUUGACAUGGAGUGUGAAAAUUUGCAAAAAGAAGAAUUAAUGGUGAAUAAAAAAUGUGCUAAGAAGUCACAAAACAUGUUAAACUUGAAAUUGGACCGGUUGUUGAAUCUAAUGGAAAGAUUGAAUGAACUGAAGACAAAAUCUCUUAAAUUGAAAGAAGAUGAACACGUUGCAAAUAUGGCCAUCAAAACAGUGGAUCUAGAAAUAAAAACUUUGGAGUUGGAGAUGCUUAAGCAAAGAGUUUAA